CAGCAGCCGACAUGACGACCAGCCAAAAGCACCGGGACUUUGUGGCCGAGCCGAUGGGCGAGAAGCCAGUUGGCACGUUAGCGGGGAUUGGCGAUGUCCUCGGCAAGAGGCUGGAAGAGAAAGGGUUUGACAAGGCAUACGUAGUGCUGGGCCAGUUCUUAGUGCUGAAGAAGGACGAAGAACUCUUCCGCGAAUGGCUGAAGGACACGUGCGGCGCCAACGCCAAACAAUCCAGAGACUGCCACGGGUGCCUGCGCGAAUGGUGUGAUGCUUUCUUGUGAAGGUGGCGGGUCAAAGCCGGGUGGGGGCUCGGAGGGCUUCUGUAGGUAGCUGACCAUUGAACCGUUUCCCGAUCCUCCUCCGCAGAAACUCCCUCUCGGCUUUGCAGCAUGCCCAAGGUUCCUUUCGGGAUUUCCCUCUGAAAACUAGACAAAAAUGAUUGCGCCUUUUUAAUCCUUUCCCUCAACUUCUGCCCCUCAGAAGAGGGAGUCGAGAAGGGUACAGUGUGCCAGUCUUGACCCCUGAAAAAGAUUUUUCCCCUUUUGUAGCUUCGUCUGUUGAAUUCUUCCUUAGCACUUCCCUGCUGAAUUCUCGCCUUUCCCCGGGCUUGCAGUUUAACUCCUGGUUCCAAAAAAUUGAGAUUUAUAUUAUGAAAAUUGGUUCUUGGUCUCUUCUCGGAUCUCUGGGUAACUUGACGCCAGUGUGGUUGAACGUCAGGAACCCAAAUAAUGCCAUGUUUUUAAAUCAAUAAAAAUCAGCUGUGUUUAAUA